UCUCUCUCUUAAUUUCUGCUACCAAUUACUUCUAUUCAUUAAAAUUGGGGUUUGCAAGUGAUGUCUCUAUUUGUUUCCAUUUCAUUUAUGAACGUGCUUACACAAGUUCAAAUCUUAGCUAAUGUCAUGGGACAAAUUUAUGCACAAAAUGGUUGGUUUAGAAUUUCAACAAAAGGCAACAAAGUAGCAAUGGCUUCCUGUUACUUCAAUCCUAUCCCUACUAGUUCUCAUCUCAUUUUGGCUGACUUAUCUAGACAGUUCAAGAUUCCCAAGCUUCUUCACAGGAAAAAGAGGUUUGAUGGCUCACCUAGAUCCUCAAAAAUCGCUGCAUUUUAUGGCUUGACGACCCCUCCUUAUGAACUUGAUGCCUUAGAGCCUUAUAUGAGCAAGAGGACAAUUGAUAUGCACUGGGGUGAAUAUCAUCAGAAUUUUAUAGAAGGUUUGAACAAACAGCUGGAGAAGGAUGAUAUACUGUAUGGUUACACUUUGGAUGAACUAGUCAAAGUGACAUACAACAAUGGGAAUCCUCUGCCUGAAUUCAACAAUGCAGCUGAGGUUUGGAAUCAUGACUUCUUCUGGGAAUCCAUGCAACCAGGAGGGGGUGAUAUGCCCAAACUAGGUCUCCUUCAACAGAUUGAAAAGGAUUUUGGAUCAUUUACAAAUUUUAGGGAAAAGUUUAUAGGAGCUGCUCUCUCAUUAUUUGGAUCUGGCUGGGUUUGGCUAGUUUUGAAGAGAGAAGAGAAACGACUGGAGAUAGUCAAAACUUCAAAUGCCAUUUGCCCAAUUGUGUGGGAUGACAUACCAAUUAUCAAUUUGGAUUUGUGGGAGCAUGCAUAUUAUCUGGAUUACAGGAAUGAUAGAGCAAAGUAUGUGGAUGUAUUUAUGAACCACCUUGUGUCUUGGGAUGCUGCAAUGGGCCGAUUGACAAGAGCAGAGGCUUUUGUGAACUUAGGAGAACCUAAAAUUCCUGUUGCAUGAAAUAUUGAAACGCUUAAUGAUUACAGUUACAGGGGUGGCAAUGGCCAUAUGGCAUCUUAGGUGGAGUUGAUAAAAGGAAUGAGUAGAUUUCACUCAUCAUAUGAGUACAUUAAUACUGCCCCAUGUGCUUCUUUCUGGUUGUCAAAUUUUGCAGUGUUUAGGAUUCAGGACAACUUGUAAUUUGGGGGGAUCUACUGAAUUUAGAGGAGGCAAGGAUUUCAAUGUAGAACGAGAGAGAAAAAACAAGUUUGUUCUUGGACUUAUUACAGUCUCAUUGUAUGAAAGUGUGAAUGUAAUUAUUUAUGUGGCAAGAGGCUACCAAAUUUUAAAACUGACCCACAAUUCUGAAUGCAGUUACACUGAUAUAAGUACAACUCGAGGGGUUGUGUUAAUCAGAAAAGAAAAGAAAAUUGUCUUUGAUUCA